AUAAGAAAUGGAAGACGAAGACGAUGCGCUGACCGAUCCAGACUCCAGCGAUACCGGCGACGACUUCACCUGUGAAUCCGAAGACGAUCCAGACUACAAAUCAUCCACUAGCGACAACGAUGGUCACGAUAUCGACGCCGAAACAUCCAACAUUUAUCCAGCUCCGGCAAACCAAGACAGAAAGUUGCAAAACGUCGACGCUCUUGUCAGGGGAAAUCUAGUAGUGAAAAGGCAGUCAUUACUUCCACGAGUUUAUUCUGUGACGGAUGCAGCAGCUAGUGUUAGGAAGCCAUUUAAACCUCCUUGCUCAAAUGGCUACUGUGAUAACAAUGAACAGCUAGCACGACGCCUGUGGGCUCGGAAAAGGUUUGUGCCCUGGGGUUCCUCGAGACCGGCUUUGCUUGGUAUUACAAAUAGGCUAAACGUCUCUGAGACUGCUGAGACAGAUGUGGUGGAAGAGAGUGUGGAAUUACCACCCGGACUUGAACCUUUGGUGUUAUGGCAGCCUGAGGAGGUGGACUGUAACUCGACAACAAUUAUAGUGGAUCCCUUGCUUGUAAAGUUCCUUCGGCCCCAUCAAAGGGAAGGGGUCCAAUUCAUGUUCGAAUGUGUUUCAGGAUCAUUAAGUUCUGCUAACAUCAAUGGAUGCAUUUUGGCAGAUGAUAUGGGUUUGGGGAAAACAUUGCAGUCAAUCACGCUGCUGUAUACUCUCCUUCGUCAGGGGUUUGAUGGGAAACCAAUGGUAAAGAAGGCAAUUAUUGUGACACCGACCAGUCUUGUGAGUAAUUGGGAGGCUGAAAUUAAGAAGUGGGUCGGCGAGAGAGUUAAGCUUGUUGCCCUAUGUGAAAGCACUCGUGAUGACGUUGUCUCUGGCAUUGACAGUUUUGUCAGUCUGCAAAGCACUUUACAGGUAUUAAUUGUUUCGUACGAGACCUUUCGGAUGCAUUCUUCAAAGUUUAGUCAGAGUGAAUCCUGUGACCUCCUCAUAUGUGAUGAAGCCCACAGGCUGAAAAAUGACCAAACACUGACUAAUAGAGCAUUGGCAGCUUUAUCAUGCAGGCGGCGCAUUCUAUUGUCUGGGACUCCAAUGCAAAAUGAUUUGGAGGAGUUCUAUGCCAUGGUCAAUUUUACUAAUCCAGGAGUCUUGGGUGAUGCUGCAUAUUUUCGUCGUUACUAUGAGAUGCCAAUCAUUUGUGGUAGAGAACCCACGGCUACCGAAGAAGAGAAGAAGCUAGGUUCUGAGCGGUCUGCUGAGUUGAGUGCCAGAGUAAACCAGUUUAUAUUGAGGAGGACUAAUGCAUUGUUGUCGAAUCAUCUGCCGCCAAAGAUAAUUGAAGUUGUUUGUUGCAAGUUGACAUCUCUCCAAUCAGAGCUCUAUAAUCACUUCAUACAUUCAAAAAAUGUCAAACGAGCAAUUACUGAAGAUACGAAACAAUCAAAAAUCUUAGCUUACAUAACAGCUCUUAAGAAGCUCUGUAAUCAUCCAAAGUUGAUAUACGAUACAAUAAGAAGUGGGAGUCCGGGAACAUCUGGAUUUGAGGACUGCUUGCGCUUUUUCCCUCCAGAGAUGUUUUCAGGAAGAUCUGGAUCAUGGACUGGUGGUGAUGGCACAUGGAUUGAACUGUCAGGAAAAAUGCAUGUGCUUGCUCGUUUACUGGCUCAUCUCCAUCAGAGAACUAACGACCGAAUUGUUCUAGUCUCAAACUACACACAGACAUUGGACCUUUUUGCGCAAUUGUGUCGUGAACGAAGAUAUCCCUUCUUAAGGCUUGAUGGAACUACAUCUAUCAGUAAAAGACAAAAAUUGGUUAAUCGUUUUAAUGAUCCAUCUAAGGAUGAGUUUGCAUUUCUCUUGAGUAGCAAGGCUGGGGGUUGUGGCCUAAAUUUGAUAGGUGGAAAUCGACUUGUGUUGUUUGAUCCUGAUUGGAACCCUGCCAAUGACAAACAAGCUGCAGCAAGAGUCUGGAGGGAUGGACAAAAGAAGAGAGUUUACAUCUAUAGGUUUUUGAGUACAGGAACCAUUGAAGAAAAAGUAUACCAGCGUCAGAUGUCAAAGGAAGGGCUUCAGAAAGUUAUUCAGCAGGAGCAAUCGGAGUCUGAGGGGAACCUUCUUUCUACUGAAGAUCUAAGAGACCUGUUCACUUUUCAUGAGAAUGUGAGAUCUGAAAUUCAUGAGAAGAUGAGCUGCAAUCGUUGCCAAAACUAUGUGAUGCAAGUGGAUGCCAAACUUGAAACAAGCUAUGGAAGUCCAUCAUCUCAAUCUGAGGAAGAAGAUAUAGGGGGAUUUGCUAGAGUUUCUGGGUGCUUACAUAGAUUAAAAAGCUCGGAGAAACAGGUGGGGACGCCCAAAGAAGAAGAUUUAGCUAAUUGGGGUCACCAUCUAUUUCCACAGUCAAUACCUGAUACUAUUCUUCAGUCUUCAGCAGGGGAUGAGGUUUCAUUUGUUUUCACUAACCAAGUAGGCGGGAAACUUGUUCCACUUGAAUCAGCAGUAAGGUCAAACACAGAAGAAGGACGCCCCAAGAACCUGCUGAACUCAAAAGAAUUUUUUUUUCACAAAUCAACCUUGUCAUCUCAAAAUCAAGCACCAUUUCCUUUACUUUCUACCAAUGUGGUUCAGUACAGGAGCAGAUUAUCUAAUCCUUUCAAGCGUCUGCAGAAGCCCCCGGCAAAAGUAGUAAGACCUUCUGAAGGCGUGACAGUUGUAGCAUUGGAGCACAAAAUCAGCCCUCAAAAUCAAUUACCUCAAAAGAGAAUAUUUACUGAUGAUAAAAUUGACAAUGAUUUUGACUAAACUUUAGCUUCUUGGUAUGUUCUCUUUGGCAGUUUCCGUUUUUAUUAAUUCCUGAAAAAUUUCCCAGUCAUCUACUGAACAAUGCAAAUUCUCAUCACUAUCAUUUCAUAAGAUUCUGAUUAGAACUUUUCUUUGACUGGUUCAUAUACUCAUUAACAGUUGCACUGAUUAGCAUCCAACUGUUGCUGCCAUUUAUGUUUCAACAUCUCCUUUAGUUAAAGACUUUAAUGCAGAAACUUCCUCAGUUUUUUCUU